AUGGCUGACGGACGCAGAGGUCGUGGUAGACCCAGAACCCAGAAUUCGGACUCUGAACCGUCAAGUGGUAGUGAAGGUUUUCAAUGGCCUCAGUUUAUGCAACAACAACAGAAUCAAUUCAUGCAUCAUCUGUUGCAUGAAUUGAUUCUGUUGUUGUUGCAUAAACAGAAUCAAUUCAUGCAACAGAUGAUGCAUCAGUGGAAUGGUGGUUUGCAUCCUCAAGGAGUUCCACAGGUAGCUGCAGGUGGUAGUUUCCGAGAUUUCUUCCGCAUGAAUCCUCCAGAAUUCCAUGGUGGGAUGAAUCCCGUGAAGGCUCGGGAGUGGAUAAUCGACAUGGAAAGGAUUUUUUGGAUAGUGCAUUGUAGUGAAGAAAAUAAGGUUGUGUUUGCUUCUCACAUAAUGAAGGGUCUAAUUGUGAGAUGGUGGGAGAGCGCUUCGACUCUUAUGACCAAUCAAGGAAUACCUAGAGAUUGGGAGCAUUUUAAGACUAUUUUCUUGGAUAAGUAUUUUCCUAGUUCUUUGAGGACUCAGAAAGAAUUUGAAUUUCAACAGCUCAGGCAUGGUACUAUGUCAGUAGCUGCGUAUGCUGAGAAGUUCGAAGAUAUGGCUGCUUAUUCUAGGCAAGCUGCGUACGCACCGGAUGAGAGUUUGAAGAAGGUUCAAGAAGAAAGGGAUCAAUACAGGAGUGGGCAGAGAGACCAAGGAAGGCCAGGAAACCAGUUCAAGCCUAGAUCUCAGGCUUUCAAGGGAAAACAUGUGCAACAUGCAAGACCUAACCAACCUCCUCAAUGUCAAGCAUGUAAGAAGUACCAUUUUGGAAAAUGUGAUGUACGUGGAAUUAGGUGUUUUACUUGUCAGAGAGAGGGACACAUGUCUAGGGAAUGCCCUCAGAAUAAGAAUCAGAUGCAGGGGAGGAGUACCUGUCGAGUUUAUACCUUGGAUGCAAGGAAGGCUAAGAGUAACAAUGCCUUAAUUGCUGGUACGUGUCUCAUCAAUGAUCAUCCUUGUUUUGUAUUAUUUGAUUGUGGGGCGACACACUCUUUUGUAUCAAUUCGGUGCAUGAAGCGUCUUGGCUUGCAAGCAAUUCCCUUGUCUCCUCCUAUGGUGCUUACUACCGCCAUGGAUGAUAUGGUUGAGACACCGUUGAUUUGUGAAAAUUGUUCGCUCUCGGUAAAUGGUAGAGUUUUUCAGAUUGAUCUUAUUUAUUUACCACUUAAGAAGGUUGAUGUGGUUUUGGGGAUGGAUUGGCUUUCCGCCAACUCGGUGUUUAUUGGUUGUGAAAAGAAGUUGAUUAUCAUUCCAUCUAGUGAAGCUACUCUAAAGGAUAUGUUAACUACAAUCUUGGAAGGUACAGUUGGCAUGGUUAAUUUCUUAUUUGAGAAUGAAAAGUCAGUUCUCUUGGCUCUUACCAAGGAAUCUAGCGAUAAUCUGAAUGUUACACAAAUCCCUGUUGUUUGUGAAUUUCCGGAAGUUUUUCGCGAGGAUGUCUCCUCUCUUCCUCCUGAAAGGGAAGUGGAAUUCUCUAUUGAUCUGGUACCUGGGACGGCUCCAAUCUCCUUCUCUCCGUAUCGCAUGACGCCACUAGAGUUGAGAGAGUUGAAGAAUCAAUUGGAAGAGUUGCUAACUAAGCAUUUUAUUCGACCUAGUGUCUCACCAUGGGGAGCUCUAGUGUUCUAG